CGCUGGUGCGGACAGGAGGCUCCUGGCCCGGCGGACUAACUGGAGCACGGACGCGGCAGCCGGUUGGGCCGGUGCCCUUUCCCGCUCUGGAAAGGAAGAGAAAUGGAAGUGAAAAAAUUGAGCAUUUCCUGGCGGUUCUUGAUAGUUCUGGUUCUGGUCCUGCAAAUUCUGUCUGCGUUGGAUUUUGACCCAUACAGAGUCCUAGGGGUCAGCCGAACAGCCAGUCAGGCUGAUAUUAAAAAGGCUUAUAAGAAGCUCGCCCGGGAAUGGCAUCCUGACAAAAACAAAGACCCUGGAGCAGAAGACAAGUUCAUCCAAAUUAGCAAGGCUUAUGAGAUCCUUUCCAGUGAGGAAAAGAGAUCGAAUUACGAUCACUAUGGAGAUGCCGGAGAGAACCAGGGCUUCCAGAAGCAGCAGCAACGAGAGUAUCGCUUCCGCCAUUUCCACGAGAAUUUUUACUUCGACGAAUCGUUUUUUCACUUCCCCUUUAAUUCGGAGCGGCGGGACUCCAUUGAUGAAAAGUACUUACUGCACUUUUCACAUUACGUGAAUGAAGUGGUCCCAGACAGCUUCAAGAAACCCUACCUCAUUAAGAUCACCUCAGAUUGGUGCUUCAGCUGCAUCCACAUCGAGCCCGUCUGGAAGGAAGUGGUUCAAGAACUGGAAGGAUUGGGUGUAGGGAUCGGUGUGGUCCACGCUGGGUACGAGCGGCGCCUGGCCCAUCACCUGGGAGCGCACAGCACCCCCUCCAUCCUAGGAAUCAUAAAUGGGAAAAUCUCCUUCUUCCAUAACGCAGUCGUCCGUGAGAACCUACGGCAGUUUGUAGAAAGUCUUCUUCCGGGAAACUUGGUGGAGAAAGUUACAAAUAAAAAUUACGUCCGGUUCCUCUCUGGGUGGCAGCAGGACAAUAAACCCCACGUCCUUCUGUUUGACCAAAUGCCCGUCGCACCACUGCUGUACAAGUUGACUGCUUUUGCAUACAAAGAUUACUUGUCAUUUGGAUAUGUGCACGUCGGCUUGAGAGGAGCCGAAGAGAUGAUGCGGCAGUACAAUGUCAACGUGUACGCCCCCACCAUCUUGAUCUUUAAAGAACACAUAAACAAGCCUGCAGAUGUCAUCCAGGCCCGAGGUAUGAAGAAACAGGUCAUUGAUGACUUCAUCACCCAAAACAAGUAUCUGCUGGCAGCCAGGCUCACCAGCCAGAAGCUCUUCCACGAGUUGUGCCCUGUGAAACGGUCUCACCGACAGAGGAAGUACUGUGUGGUCUUACUGACCCCCGAGGCUACCAAGUUGAGUAAACCCUUUGAGGCUUUCCUGUCCUUUGCGCUGGCGAACACGCAGGACACAGUGAGAUUCGUGCACGUCCACAGCCAUCGGCAGCAGGAGUUUGCCGACACCUUACUACCAGACAGUGAGACGUUUCAAGGAAAAUCAGCGGUGUCGAUCUUGGAAAGGCGCACCACGGGAGGAAGGGUGGUGUACAGGACCCUGGAAGCUCCCUGGACGGGGAGUGACAGCGAUAAAUUCACCCUCCUGGGCUAUCUCGACCAGCUGCGCAGAGACCCCGCUCUCCUGUCCUCGGAGGCGGUGCUCCCCGACCUGACCGAUGAACUGGCGCCUAUCUUUCUCCUCCGGUGGCUCUACUCCGCUUCCGACUACGUCUCGGACUGUUGGGACAGCGUAUUUCACGACAACUGGCGGGAAAUGAUGCCCCUUCUGUCCCUGGUCUUCUCUGCCCUCUUCAUCCUCUUCGGCACUGUCAUCGUUCAGGCUUUCAGUGACUCGAACGAUGAGCGAGAGUCGAACCCUCCAGAUAAAGAAGAAGUCCACGAGAAGGCCGGGAAGACUGAGCCAAGCUUCACCAAAGAAAACAGCAGCAAGAUUCCCAAAAAGGGCUUUGUGGAGGUGACGGAACUCACAGACGUGACAUACACCAGCAACCUGGUCCGCCUGAGGCCCGGCCACAUGAACGUGGUCCUCAUUCUGUCAGGCCCCACGAAGACCAGCCUGCUGCAGAAGUUCGCGUUGGAGGUCUACACGUUCACUGGGAGCAGCUGCCUGCACUUCUCCUUCCUGAGCCUGGACAAACACAGAGAAUGGCUGGAGUACUUACUGGAAUUCGCUCAGGACGCAGCCCCGAUCCCAAACCAGUAUGACAAGCACUUCAUGGAACGUGACUACACGGGCUACGUGCUGGCCCUGAAUGGCCACAAGAAGUACUUCUGCCUCUUCAAGCCCCAGAAGGCGGUGGAAGAGGAGGAAGCCUUGGGGUCUGGCAGGGCCCCUGACUCUUCCCUCCAUCCGGGCGAUUCUCGAGGGAAAUCUUCCUGUGGCCUUGGACCCAGGCCCAUCAAAGGAAAACUGAGCAAGCUGUCCUUAUGGAUGGAGCGCCUGCUGGAAGGUUCCUUACAGAGGUUUUAUAUCCCGUCGUGGCCCGAACUAGACUGAGAGGGGCUCGAGGGGGACGUAAACUCUUCAGGCUUUUUAACAGGCCCUGCGAACAGGCCUUUUCAGGACUCGACCUAUCACCGCAGACAGAGAAUAGAUUCUAGAUCAUUCUUCUGGAACAGUGGCUAGAAGAAUCCUGCCUUUGUCCUGUUCUAACCUAGGAGUGAAAAACACCUCAAGUCUCAACUCCCCCCAGAUCAAAAUAUUUUCCUUUGGGUCCCCCCCCCCGCCCCCGCCUCAUUUGAAUGCCGCACGAUUUAAGGCAGACUGCUCAUCCCCUCUUCCUUAGUCAUCCCCUCGUGUGCUCACCUCCCUCCCCUGUGCUGUCCCUGUGCUGUGGGAGAGCCGUGGGGUGGUACCUGGAUGGAACCCCGUGAGCCCGGAGUGCUGGUCGGGUUGCUGCCCGCCCCCGGCCCACCCCCGCUGUGCUCCUGCCCCGGCGCAUGCUCUCAUUGGAACAACCCACAGCAGCUUCUGGGCCCUGCAUCCCAAAAGUGGCCUGGCUCCAGGCAGUCUUAACAUUUGACCAUUUUUCCCAUAGUCAGUGGCUAAAAUGAGGGGUACCCCCCCCACCCAGUUCAGCAGCCACCGUUUUCAAAGGCUGGGGACGGGUGGGGCCUCUGCGUGGGAGUGUGGUUUUCUUCCCACAACAGAAGAAAGGAGGGCUGGGCAGUGACCGAUGUGACCCCUCCAUGGCGUCCCAUCAGCCGCCACCUCAGCACGAAGGUCGCCAGGGAGGGAUCUGCACGGCAGCAAGUACUGUAAUGACUUUGAGCCAUUCAUGUGUACGUUUUCACAUGCCUUUCGGCCCCUGUCACUUUUAGGGUAUGAAUCUUAGGAGCCAUAAUCUGUGAUCUUGUUCUCCGGAUGUAGACUUAAGCUGCUCUAAGCCAGUAGAUGCUACACUGAAGACACCCUCUUCCCGCCUGCCGGGAGCCGCACCCAAGGAACCUCUUCACUCCGGUGGGGUCCCCCUAGUAAAAUACCAGACCUGUCUUUGUAUCAAGGAACUUCCGAUUUCUUCUCGACAGCUGUGUUUUGAACACCGUUCCCCCAAAAGUGGGGCCCUCUUUUGUGACAGGGGAGCCAAGACUUGUUUUAGACCCCUGUUUGGCAAAAGGCUUCCUCUGGGCUUCUGGCCUCUAUUCCCAUAUCUUGGUCGCUUUCACUCCUAACUCACAACUGCUCCACCAGUGACAGAGUCCGGCCUGCCAUCAGCACCCAGCUUGCCGAGCUCCAGUGCGCAGUGGGCCACAGCAGCCAGUGACAGAGCUGGCCUUUUCUUCUUUUUCUUUCUUUCUUUUUUUUUUUUUUUUUUUUUUAAGGGCAAAAGCACCGGUGGAGUUGAAACAACUUCAAAGAGCGGUCAGUUCACACAUCAAAGUAAGUUUGCUCUUUUAUAAAAUGAAGGGGCAGAAUCACUGAUGGGACAUUUACUGAGUUAGUAUUUCUUUAAUCACAACUGCUUGAAACGAAGCAAUUUGGAUCUCGAAUAAUUUAAAUCUCGAGCUAUAGAGACAAGUGAUUAAUUAUUUAAGCCCGGGAAUUCCUGUAGUUUCCGUGGAGUCUAUAACUUUAUUUUAAAAGAAAGAAAGAAAGAAAAAGAAAUCACUGCCAGGCUGCUUUUUUUUCCACAUGAUCCUCUAAAAAUUGGUUGCUUACUCAGGUGGCUGGCUGUCCUGGCGCCUGGCCCAGGCGGGCGUGAUUAAGGGACUCACAGGGUUCCCUGAGGCACCAUCUUCCAAGUGAUUUUCUAGAUCUUCUAUGGCCAAGUUGCUGCUGCGCUAAGUGUUUUGGUUCAGUGGUGGGUUUUUAUUUUUAACUUCUGGUACUGAUGGGACCCAUGACCUUGAUUUCUGAAAACAAAAUCUCCCCCGCUCUGUUCAUUUUAAAAACGCUUCUCAUUAAAAUCAAAAGCACCUUCCGACAGGCACCCACACCCUCAAUUUGCACCAGGAAAGGAGAGUGAGGAUAGGAUUAAACAUUCCCGGCAAAUGUUUUCAGUCCCAAACUUCUUACAUGGGUCUGUUUGGGGCUGAAAGAAAUGUCCCCCAAGAGGACACUAGGGAGGUUUUACUUAAACUGAACUUCGCCCACGACCACCCAAGCCUUUCCUCUUGACCGUUUCCCUGAAUUUAUUUGCUUUUGUGUCAAAUGUAUGAGCCACUGUCACGCUCAGCCAAUGCCACCUCUUGUGCGUGAUCACACAGGCCUAAUUUCGGUUUUAGGUGCACUUCCCGGCCUUUAAGUAUGUUGAGACUGUCAAUGUUGUUUUAUUUUUAGAAGUAGGGUUUCCUGGUUGAUAGAGACUAUGCAUCAUGUUUAGCAGAUGGGGAUGAAAACGGGCCCAAAACAAGUCUUUGUAGAACACACGCCCACUUAAAAGAUUUUUUUCAUCAUCCAGGUGCUGGUGGCAUAAUUGGUCUAAGAGAUUGUCAGCUCUGACUCAGCCACAUUUCGAUGAGUAAGAUGGCCAUGACCUCCAUUAGGCACCAGGGUCUGUCUCCGCCAUCACUUGCCCACCAUGAAAAUCCGGCUGUACUUUUCAAAUUAAUGGGUUGAUUUCCUCCUCGUUUGGCACAUAUGUUUUCUGGAUUUAAAAAGAAAUGAAAUCUAAAUGCAUUUUAAGUGUUUGCUUUGUCUGGGAAAAGAGACUGGAAGCAAACACUCGAAUUUUUUCCCAAGUAAAAUUCUGUAGAAGCUGACGCAGGAUGUCUUUAACAGACAAUAUAAUCACUUGCGUCCCAAUGCCUGACCUUGUCCCUUGGAAACAAAUGCCGGGUGGCAGCUGUGAGUCUGUCCACUCGGUUUGUCGCGGCGGAGGAUGACACCUUAGAGGGCAGUCUGAAAAGAAGGUGAAUAUUUUGCACUUUUGAUACUCUUAGGAACAAAUAACUUAUUUGGCAAAUGGUGUCUUUUUUUAUGUUGUUUUCUGUUUUGUAUUGUGCACAGGCACUGAAGCUGAUGUUAUUUUUGUUCUAAAACUAUUACAGACUGGAGACAGAAAUAAACUAUUUUAAUGUGUGA